UUUUUUUUUUUUUGGCUGUGUUGGGUCUUCGUUGCUGCGCGCGCGGGGCCUUCUCUAGUUGCGGCGAGCGGGGGCUACUCUUCGUUGUGGCGUGCGGGCUUCUCACUGCGGUGGCUUCUCUUGUUGUGGAGCGUGGGCUCUAGGCACGUGGGCUUCAGUAGCUGUGGCUCGCGGGCUCUAGAGCGCAGGCUCAGUAGUUGUGGCGCACGGGCUUAGUUGCUCCGCGGCAUGUGGGAUCUCCCCGGGCCAGGGCUCGAACCUGUGUCCCCCGCAUCGGCAGGCGGAUUCUUAACCGCUGCGCCACCAGGGAAGUGCCCCCUUCGCUCUUCUGAGCCCCAGUUCUUCAUCUGCAGAAUGUGCCCGCACUGCCUCCUGCGUGGAACUGUUGAGGACUUAGUGAGAAGAUUCGCCCAAGAGCACAAAGCGUGUGGGCUGGGAUGGUGAGAAUCCUACGGCUAUUCCAGACUGUGCGCUCCAGAACCGGAGGGGUCGGCUGCUCGUCCUGGGCGGUGUCCGCUCGCUCAAGCUGCACGAUCUGCCUCGAGUCUGUGCUGCCGCCAGGAUGCGGUGGCGGGACCGCGUGGCCGUGCUCUUCUUCCCACAAGGCAUGAUUCUCACCAUGGCUGCGCUGAUGCUCUUCUUCAUCCACCUGAUUGUCUUCGCGAGCGACGUGCACAGCUUCUGCGUCACCCACCGCUACGACCGCAUGAGCUUCCGCUACACUGUUGUCCUGAUGUUCUCCCAGGUGAUCGGCAUCUGCUGGGCCGCCAUGGGGUCACUCUACGCUGAGAUGACACAUGACAAGUUUCGUCGAUGCUUUUCACUGACCAUCCUGAUGCUCAACGGAGCCAUGUUCUUCAAACGCCUGUCCCUGGAGUUUCUGGCCAUCCAGUACCGGGAAGAGAACCACUGAGGCCUGGGGCCCAGGCUGAGAAGGGGGAAGGAAAAGGCUGCCUCGGGUGUUUUAAUAAAGUCUGUCAUUUAUUUCCA